AGAAGCUGCGCCGGGAGGGUCCGCUGGCUGGGCAGGGAGUGGUGCUCUGCCAACUCUGAAGUCCCCAGGUCUGAGCUCAGCAGCCUUUGCUGGCGCCCAAGCUGCAGCUGUGAUUUGCAUGGAGCUCUGCCCGCCAGAGAGUGUCCUCAUGGGGGUUUCCCCAGGCGAGGCCUUCAGCAUCUCAAGGUUCUCUAACUGCUAUAGCCUCAGUCAUGUGUUCCCACGUGGGAACGCUGUCUUCACACGUGACUAGGGCUAGAGUAGCUGGAACUUCAGGAUGCCUUCCCCUCCCAGGGAAUGUCCUGAAAACUCUGCCAACUCCCACUGACGUGGGGCGGGAACGCAGGGCUGGUAACAAGCUGUCAUAGAUGUUUCUGACACGUGAGCCAUGCACAUGCGCGGUUGGCCAUCCGUCGGUUGUGCGCACGCGCAGUGACGAGCUGUCAGAGGUGCGCAUGCGCAGUCGGGCUUACGGGCUUUCGCUUCGCGCGGUCUGACUGCUUGGCUUCGCUUGUUACUGGCUCUGACUUUGGAAGCCGCGGAGUUUCCUGGUUGGAGGUGGUGGCUGACCAGAGUGGCUUGGUCUUAUUGGGCCCCUGAGGCUGUGAUAGGCGGACUGGUGCUGAGGUGUCUCUGAUAGCCUCCACCAUGAAGGGGCCCUGCGGCUGCGGCUCCUUCACCUGCUGGCGGAGGCGCAGGGGGGACGAUGUCGAGGACGAUGACAGCCCCUUCACCCAGCGCGGGUACAACAUCCGAGAGAAACACCUCGGCAAGCUCCACAGAGCUGCCAGCCGGGGUGAAGUCUCCAAGGUGGAGCGCAUCCUUUCGCGCGGGAACGCUAACUUGGAUGAGAGAGACAAGAAAAAGAAGACUGCUCUGCAUUUGGCCUGUGCCAACGGCCAUCCAGAAGUGGUAGCUCUUCUGGUGGACAGAGGAUGUCAACUUAAUGUCUUUGACAACAAAAACAGGACAGCUCUGCUAAAGGCAGUACAAUGCCAGGAAGAGGAAUGUGCGACUAUUUUGCUAGAACACGGUGCCGACCCAGACCUUCCAGAUGUCUAUGGCAAUACUACCUUACACUAUGCCGUCUACAAUGAGGAUAUACCAAUGUCAAAAAAACUGCUUUUACACCAUGCUGAUAUUGAAUCAGCAAACAAGGAUGAACUCACACCAUUUUUGCUAGCUGUGCAUGAACAAAAACAGCAAAUGGUAGAUUUUUUAAGAAAGCAAAAAGAAAAUUUAAGUGCAGCUACGUUUGAAAGCAUUCACCAACUAAUGUCUGAACACAAAGAAAACGAGACACCUAGAAAUCCUCAAAAUAGCAAUCCAGAAGGAACAUCUAACAAGAUGGCGUGCUUGGGAGAAGGAGCAGCAGGUGCAAAAGUGGAUGAGAUUCCUGGAUAUCCUGUAAAAAG